UUCCGUCCUGUCCUGUCCUGCAUAUUAUGGAGUGAAGAAGUAAUGGUGGUAUUACCAGUUGUAAGGGUUUCGUGAUAUGAAAUUUUCGAAGCUUCAGUAUUUAUCGUUGACAAUUUAUUUCAAGUGCAGUUCAGUUGAAUAAUUGUGACGGUGGAAGUGUAGUGAAAACUAUGUUACAUUAGGAGAAACAAAUCAGGUCACAUCGAUCUUUGCUCUAGGUAUAUAUAAGUAGGUACCUAUUCCCCUAAAAGGAAGAAUCAAAAACCGAUAUCGUCUUAAUUUACAAAGCCUUAAAGAUCUUCGCAAAUGUCAUAUCCAGGGCGUCCACCCAUCAUGCAAGGCCUUCCCAUGGCUUACAUGUCUAUGGGGGCACCUGCACCCCAGUUAAUGCCAGCAGUUAUGCCUAUACAACAUAUGGUGCCCAUACAGGUUACCAGCGCGCCACAAAUACGAGCUUAUCCUAAGCUCAAUCCUAACCGAGAACAACAGAAGCAGAUACAAGGACCAGCUGUUACAGUAUUCGUUGGGAAUAUUACGGAACGUGCCCCAGAUGCCAUGAUACGGCAGAUUCUAGCAGCUUGUGGUCAUGUAAUCAGUUGGAAGAAAGUUAAAGCUUUUGGAUUCUGCGAAUUAGCCGGACCUGAUGCUGGUCUUAGGGCUGUUAGAAUUUUACAUGAUCUUAUGAUAGGGGAUAAGAGAUUAGUUGCUAAGGUUGAUGCUAAGACUAAAACAGUUUUAGACGAAUAUAAAGCUGAGAGACGAAGAAGGCAGAAGGGAUCAACUUCCCCGCUCCAGGAUGAGCCUGAAGAGGAGGAGCUUGAUGAAGAAACUCAAGCUCUCGAUGCAGUUGCUUUGGAAAGAAUCAAACAAAUAAUUUAUGAAUAUCAAGAAGAGAUGAACAACUUUGAGGCAAAAAAAGAAGAGGAAGUAAUAGAAAAGUGGAACAAGGUUUUGGCAGAAGCUGAAGUGGAGGAAGAGAAACGAGAUUUAAUUACUAGAGAAAUAGGAAAGUUUCGAGAAAUCAUGAAAAAACAAGAAGAAGAGAAAGAGGUUCGCAAGAAGAAAGAAGAAUUAAAAGACAAACCUCGCGAUCGGGACAGGUCUCGCUCACACUCGCCGAGUCCGGCAAGGAGGAAGGACAAAGAAGAGAAGAGAAGAAGGCAUUCUAGAUCGAGGUGGGAAAUUGGAAUGUUUUGUUCAAGGUUGACGAUUUUACGCAUAACCGUAUGUUUCAGAUCACAUGAGAAGAGCAGAGAGCGGGAAAAGGACAGGGAACGGGAGAAAGAGAGAGAACGUGAACGCGAGAGAGAAAAAGAAAGAGAGCGCGAGAGAGAGCGUGAUAGGGAACGUGAUCGGGAGAGAGAAAGAGAACGAGAACGAGAGAGGGAACGUGAACGUGACAGAGAACGAGAUAGAGAUAGAGGCAGAGAUAGAGACAGAGAUCGAGAUCUUGAUGACAAAAAAAGUACCAGAGACUUGAUGAGGGAAAAGGAGAUGGAAGAGGAGGCUAAAGAGAAGAAAAAGGCCGAAAGAAGGGCUCGAGAGAAAGAAGCUGCUUACCAGGAAAGGUUGAGGGCUUGGGAAACCAGAGAAAGGCGUAAAGCUAAAGAAUAUGAAAAAGAAAGGGAAAAAGAUAGGUUGAAGGAAGAGGAACGAGAACAUGAUGCUAAAAGACUCAAAGAAUUUUUGGAAGAUUAUGAUGACGAACGAGACGACACAAAGUAUUACAAGGGUCGGGAGCUACAAAAAAGAGUUGCCGAUAGAUUGAAAGAAGCCGACCUAGACAAUAGGGAUAGAUUGAAAGAAAAGGAAGAAAUUGAAGAACUCAAAAAUAGGAUAUUUUCUGGCGAACAUGAAGAUCCAAAUGCCGAAUUUGAAAAAGCCAAAAAAGAAAGAGAGGAACAGUAUAAACCUAAACUUCUCAUUGACGUGAAUCUAGAACACUGGAAGCAGAAAGAAAGAGAAAAGGAAAGAGAAAUCGAGCGACAGAAGGCACGAGAGAGAGAAAGAAAUCGGGAAUUGGACAGAGAAAGAGACAGACAAAGGCAACGAGAAGAAAGAGAAAAGUAUAUAUUGCAACAAGCGGCUCAGGAAUUAGCAGCUGUUGAAGCAGAACCUAUAGACAGCGAUAGCGACAUGGAUGAUGAUAAUCACUACAGUCCAGCACCGCCUGAGCCAGAUAGCGUUUCAGUAGACAAUAUGGACUCUGCACAGUGGACUCAGGUUCAGGCUCCCGAAGAAGACUCUAGGCAUUCCUUCACCUCAAACCAUGAUGACCAGUCAGCUGCUCCGACUGGCACUGGCAUGAAGAUAACCCUAUCGAAACCCAUCACGCUGCAGUCACCUACAAGAGAUUCAAAACGCAAGAGAGCUGACCUGCGCGAAGUUUUUAACCCAGACGAAGAUGACAGUGCCACUCAGGUCAAAAAACGAAAAUUAAUUCCAUUAGAUUAUAAUGAAGACAAGAAGAGCAAGAAAGAAAAAGAAAAGGAAAAUGGGGAUAAGAAGGUGGAAGAAACAAAAUCACAAGAAGAAAAGCGUAAAAGCAUUAAGUCUCUAAUUGAAAAGAUUCCUACCGAGAAAGAUGCCUUGUUCGCCUACCAAUUAGACUGGGGGGCCAUUGACAAUAAUCUGAUGGAAAAGAAAAUCCGUCCUUGGAUCAAUAAAAAGAUUAUAGAAUAUAUUGGCGAGCCAGAACCGACUUUGGUAGAUUUCAUUUGUUCCAAAGUAUUGGCUGGCUCCCAACCUCAGACUAUUCUGGAAGAUGUGCAGAUGGUCCUUGACGAAGAAGCAGAAGUUUUUGUGGUAAAAAUGUGGAGACUAUUGAUUUACGAAGUUGAGGCAAAGAAAUUAGGUUUAGUGAAAUGAUGAAGCAGUAUCGGUUUAUUACUUUUUUUUAUGUACAUACAUAACAUCAUAAUUAUUUAGUUAUCAGAUUGACCCGAUGAACUCAAGCAUGAUUUCCAAACGUAUUUUUAUAUUGUUUUGUCAUUGCUGCCUACCAUUUUCGUAUUUGUGUAAGUUCAAUAAAGCGAUUUGGGUUAUUUUUUCCUGAAGCAAAAA